ACCGCAACUGCGGAGAGAGUGAUAACUCUCGAGAAAUUACUGAUACGUAACUGGCAUUCUGUGUUCUUUGAUAUGGAUUUUAAGUAUUUACUGGUGGUAAUGGUGUUCCUUGUGACGGCCAGAGGGGCGCAAUCGAAUCUUCUGACACUCGUUCAUGACUUGGUACAGAAUAAUAUCGCAGGUGUCCCAGUUAUUCAUGAGCGAACCGAGUGGGAUUUUGACCCGAAUGAUGGAAAAACUCGGAGGACUCGGUAUGAAGCUCUAAAUGGAUAUCGAGGACAGGAUCUGAUUAAUCGUCUGGGAAAUAGUGCAGGAUUCAAAGGGCCAUGGGGAAAUAAAGUCCAACAGACUAAACCAGAUCUGCGAUACGUCCGAUAAACGAAAUUCAAAUUUUUAUCAAUUAUUGCGAAAUAUUAUUUAUUCCUGACGUCACGCAAUCCGAAAAACAAUUCAA